UAUAGCGUUUUCAUCGUUAUUUUUUAAAUAAUACAAUCAUGCCAAAUCCGAGACUAAUGAGCCUGGUCCAUGAUAGUUGGCGCUGCGAAAUAGAUUACGAUACAAAAAUUGGUCAAAAUUAUAAUACUUUGAACCAAGAAGUGCUUUUGGAGGAGAUAUCCAUGAAUAAUUUUGAUACAGAAAACAAAAAUAAGAUUUUCUGUUUAUCAUACCUUCAGGCUUCUUUCUUUGCUACUAUUUUAGAAGAUGCACUGACGCAGAUGCGGAUUCUUGUUGAAUGCAAUAAUGAACUCCGAAUUAUUAAAACUAAGUUAGACAUGAAAUUGCUGGUUCCUCUGAAGUAUGGAGUGGCUCAGCCCAAAGUGACUGAUGAACUGGAAUCUAUAGAUCCGAAUAACUUGGUUUGCAAUGAAUAUAAGUUGAACAAAUUGGAUUCUGAUAGAAAAUAUUUUACAACAGUGUUAAGAGAUACUUAUAAAGAUUUGACGCUACACAACCGUUAUGCUGUAUUAGAGGAAUUCGUAAAUAUGUUAGUCGCGACUGAUGAAUACAGACUCAAGGUGGCCGACGAUGAAGUUAAGAAUAAAGGCUUACGCCAUGACCUCAACAAACAAUUACGGCAGCAACGUAACCAUAUUAAGUCGGUAAUUUAUGAUACAGAUGCUAUUAUCGAAAGGUUGAAGAAUUUUGUGGAAGAUGCAGCACUUAAUGCAGAAACUGAGAGUCGAUACGUGGACAGUUGGCAGCGCGCCCGUACGGAGCAACAUUUUCAAACAAUCAUAGACAAUGAAGAGAGUCCAUCCCGAACCAUAGAGUAUUAUAAGCAGAGGUCAGACCACGAACAACGAGUUCACACUGAAGUGGAACUUUUAAUUAAUAUUAUUAUAAACGAAACCUUACAAAAGGUAGAAGACUGGAUGAAUAAAUAUGACAGAGAUAUGGAGCACAUAGAUCUUAAAAUACAGUUGAAGAAAAACGAAUACCAAAAUGAACACGAUCGGCGCGUCGGACUCGAGGAAACGAUUGAGACUCAUGACAAGCAAAUGAAGGAUUGGAACUACUUUAAAGAAGAGCGUGAGAAAGCUAGACUUUACCGUGAGAAGAUGACGAAGUCUGCCAUUAUUGUGCAAGCGUGGUGGAGAGGCCUGCUCGUGCGUCGUGAACUAGGACCAUUUAAAGUAGCUAAGAAACCGAAAGGUCCCAAACCUAAAAAAUAACUUUGAUAUUUUGUAAUAUCGAUGAAAUGGAAUGUUCUUAAUGGCAUAAUUUUAGUGGCGUUCUCUAUUUAUUAGUUAUUUUUACUUUUUAAAUAUUAUGCUCAAUUUGUAGAAUUGCUCAUUUUG